AUGGUGUGGUUUUCGACUGAUCAUCAGUCAUCUUCAACCUCCACUGCUAUUUUAUCAGCCGCCGCCACAAUCACCACCGCAAUUGUUCUAGUCAGAUCCAUCAACGACCUCAUUCCGGACCAGUUUCAAAACUACUUUUCUUCACGUUUUCGGAGAAUCUCCAGCCGUUUGUCGUCCCAACUAACUGUUGUGAUUGAGGAAUUUGAAGGGCUCACUUCAAACCACAUGUUUGAGGCAGCCAAUGUGUAUUUAGGCACAAAGAUCUCCCCUUUGACCCAAAGAAUCAAAGUGAACAAGCCUGAGAAAGACCAUGAACUUUCCAUCACUGUUGAUAAAAACCAGGAUAUCUUAGAUUCCUUCAAUGGGGUUCAGUUCAAAUGGGUUCUACAGAGCGAUUUCAUCAAUCAGAGUCCUAAAAUUGGGGAGAAGGGAAGCUCCAGGACAGAGCACAAAUUCUUUGACCUAAGCUUUCACAAGAAGCACAAAGAUUUAGUCUUGAAAACCUACUUGCCUUAUAUAUUAAAGAAGGCUAAGGAGAUUAAAGAAGAGUUGAAGGUGGUCAGGCUACACACAGUGGAUUACAAUGGGCCAGAUUAUUGGGGUUCAGUUGCAUUGAACCAUCCUGCAACUUUUGAUACAAUGGCAAUGGAUCCAGAAAUGAAGGGGGAGCUAAUUGAGGAUCUUGAUAGAUUUAUUAACAGGAAGGAUUAUUAUAGGAGAGUUGGAAAGGCUUGGAAACGUGGGUAUUUGUUUUAUGGACCGCCUGGUACAGGGAAGUCCAGUUUGGUUGCAGCCAUGGCUAACUAUCUCAAGUUUGAUGUUUAUGACUUGGAUCUGAGGGAAGUGCAGUGUAAUUCAGAUUUGAGAAGAUUGUUGAUUGGUUCAGCAAACAAGUCCAUACUUGUCAUGGAAGACAUUGACUGCAAUGUUGGAGUCCAGAACAGGGAAUCCGGGGCAGAAGUGGCCGAGGAUGACAAGAUUACCCUUUCUGGAUUACUAAACUUCAUUGAUGGCUUGUGGUCGAGUUGUGGCGAUGAGCGGAUCAUAGUAUUCACCACCAACCACAAAGAUAGGCUCGAUCCGGCACUGCUGAGACCUGGUCGAAUGGAUGUGCACAUAGAGAUGUGCUACUGCACGUUCAGCGGAUUCAAAACAUUAGCUUAUAACUAUCUGAAAAUAGAGCAGCACCUACUCUUCAAUGAGAUUAAAGAGCUGUUGUCCAAAGUCCAUGCUACACCUGCAGAGAUUGCUGGAGAGCUUAUGAAGAGUGAUAAUGCAGAUAAUGCAUUGCUGAUUCUUGUCAACUAUCUUCAAAGAAAGGAAAACAGAACCUGA